ACCCUGCGCCGCGCCAUGGCGCUGGGCCCCGCCGGGCCGGCUCGGCUGGUGCGCUGCGGGCAGAAGGACGAGCUGUACCGGAGCGGCCUGCGCAGCGGGGCCGGCACCGCGCUGCACGGGAUCGCGGGGGCUAAGAAGUGGCUGGAGUGGAGGAGGGAGAUCGAGCUGCUCUCCGACGUUGCCUACUUCGCCCUCACCACCCUGUCAGGUUAUCAGACUCUGGGUGAAGAAUAUGUCAACAUUGUUCAAGUUGACUCCACCAAGAAAAGGGUACCUUCUUUUCUUCGACGGGCCAUCUUCGUUUCUCUCCAUACCAUAGUACCCUAUUACUUAGAAAAGGGAUUGCAGCAUCUGGAACAUGAGUUGCAGAUAGAAGAUGAUGGGGCAAGAACCUUGCAAAGCAACCCAGCACUUGGCUUAUCCAGUAGGACCUUAAUACGAAACUGGAUUCAGAAACAAGUCAGGGAACUUACAGAACAACAGAAGAAAACAAUCCUACAAGUUGUGUACAUCCUUAAACAGUCCAUCCCUUUGCUUCACCGACUACAUCUGGCAGUGUUCUACAUACAUGGCACUUUUUAUCACCUAUCUAAAAGAAUUGCAGGAAUCAGAUAUCUGCACUUUGGAGGACUACAAGGAGAAGAUCAGAGCAUUCGAUCAAGUUACAAGUUCCUUGGAAUAAUUUCACUCUUCCAUCUUCUUCUGACAAUUGGUGUUCAGAUAUACAGCUUCCAACAAAAGCAGAGAGCAAGGCAGGAAUGGAAACUACACCGCAACCUAGCUCUCCAGAAAAAUACGAUAAAGGAAGGAACUACUGGGCGCCAGUCCCGCUGCACUUUGUGUUUGGAGGAACGGAGACAUGCAACAGCCACACCUUGUGGGCACCUGUUCUGCUGGGAAUGCAUCACCGAGUGGUGUAACACCAGAACAGAAUGUCCACUGUGCAGAGAGAAAUUUCAUCCUCAGAAGCUGAUCUACCUACGCCACUAUCAACUGUAAGGAAAAAUCCUGUCUCAUUACAAGGGCCUCUGCUCUCAUACCUUCAUACAGAGUGGUCAUACAGUUCAGGUUAGUCCAAGAACAAGACUUUAUUGUAAAACUGGUAACUGCCUGUACAAGGUGGCACUUCAUUCCUGUUUUACAAAAUAAAUCUCUUUCUGCCUCUU